AUGGGUGAAACACGUCAAAGCAAAAACAACUCGAUAUCAACUGCAAUGAACUCAUUACAAUCACCACUGCCUCAUGAUUUUCAGCUCAAAAUUAAGCGUAUUAUAGGCACUUCAGCAGCAGACAAACAACAAAUAUCAAUACAGGACGAUCUAGUGGCGUACACGGCAAGUGGUGGUGUUGUGGUUUGCAAGAUUGAUAAAGAAUCGAAUACAGUUACAAAUCAGAGAUUUUUUUGUGCCAAUGCAAAUGAGUCAAGGUUGCAACAACUGCUGCUGCAAUUGGGUUCGUCAACAGCUAAUGCCUACUUAAACAUGAUCAGGCUUGACAAUACACAAGAGGAAGUCAUGCGAGACGAAUUUGGGUACCCAAUUGCCAAUCAACCUAUUCAAAUAUACGGGAACUCCUUUUCGCCAAAUGAAAUUGAUGACUAUAACAACACUGCUAGCCCCAGUGUCCAAGUCAAUAACCAAGCUUCACCAUCAAAGUUAAAGGACAAGGUAAGAUUUAUCAAAUGCAUAGCAAUUUCCCCAAAUAAACGUCUAUUGGCAAUUGGCGAAUCAGGCUAUCAGCCACGAAUACUAAUCUUUUCACUCGCUUCAAGUUCACAACAAAGUCCCAUCAUGGCAAUUUAUGAACACACAUUUGGCAUUAACAACUUGGUUUUUUCUCCAGACUCAAAGAAUCUUUGCUCUUUAGGAGUUGUAAACGAUGGGUGUAUAAAUGUGUGGAAAUUGGGGUCAAACAACGUUCAAUUACAGGCUAGUAAUCGAUGUUCAAAUAUAAUAUAUAAAGUCAUAUGGCAUGGCAAUGUUGUUGUCACUAUUGGGUUACGAUUUAUCAAGUUGUGGAAAUUUGAAAAUGGAAGUGCAAAUAAACCUGUCAUUUUGAAGGGAAGGAAUGCUCUUUUGGGUGAUUUUAUGAAUUCAAAUUUUAUCGAUAUGGCUUUGAUUAACGAUGAAGAGGUUGUCCUAAUUGCCAAUGGCAAUCAAUUGUUGUUGUUAAAGUUAAAUAUUGAUUCACCAAAGUUAGUUGCAUUGAAAAGCCCCGACUAUAGAUUCAAUGCAAUAACUGCUGAUUUGAAAAACGAGUUAAUCUGGCUAGGUGCAGAUGAAACAAAUUUGAAAAGUCUUGAAAUUGCAAAUCUAACCCCAGAUGAGGUGAGUGAAGUGAAACCAAUGUCGUCUCCCUCUUCAAUAGGAUCCUUAAAGCAACAAUUAUCAGGUCCAUUUACAAUAGAGCCAAGCGCAAUACCUGGCAACGCAUUAGUUCGACUAUCUAACUUUUCAGAAAAGCAUCUACUAUAUCUAACAACAAAUGAAGAAAUCAGAUUUUGUAACAAAGUGUCCCGAGAGAGUCAAACGUUAGCAACAUCGAUUAUACAGCAGAUUAGUGGAGUCAAACAGAGCUAUGACAAUGAGUAUCUCAUUUUUUCCCAAACUGGUAUAGUAGAGCAAUUUCACCCAAGAAUUUGCCAAAUGGUCCCAAUUUUCCAGUUCACACCACCAGGGACUGAAGCUGUUGCCGAUUGUUUAACCGCAAUAGAGAAAGUGGGCAAUAUCUUUAUUUUGGGUUACAAAUUUGGAUCAUUAUACAUUGUUCAACAAGAUACUGGCUCAAAAAAAGAGGUUCUUUUCACAGUAAAGGCUCAUUCAUCAACGAUAAAUGACAUUGUAUACUUUAAGCAUGAAAGCUACGACAUUGUAUGCAGCAUAUCAAGAGAUCGAAUGAUUCAAGUUUUUACUAAAUUGGAAUCAAGAUGGGAUUUGCUACAAACUAUACCUUUACACAAUGGGAAUUUGCUAAAGACGAUAUAUCAUAAUGGAUUCUUGUAUGUGUGCUCCACCGAUAGAACCAUUUCAAUACAUUCAUUAACAACCACACCUGACUUAAUGAUGACAAAGGUGAAAUCAAUCAUUUUAAAAUCAACACCGAUAGCAAUGUCAAUUUUCGAUGAAGAAUUAGUGGUGUCGACAAUUGAUAAACAAUUGCAUAUAUUUGAUUCAGCUGCCAAUUGUGAUAUUAAACGAUCAAUGAAAUUAAUUAAUGAGAAACUAAAUGAAAGUUUACAAGUAGAAAUGAUGGAGAAGUUUCAUAAUUUGUUGAUCGUUUGGUCUUCUGACAAGUCAAUAAGAGGAUUUGAUUAUGUUAGUGGUGAGCCGGUUGGCGUGAGUUGGGGCCACCUGGACUCACUACUUGGGUUUUUCUUGGUGAAAAUGGACGUUGCAGAAGAUAAUAUUGAGAUGGAAGAAGAUGAAACUGACCUUGUGACGAUUGGCAAUGAUGGAUGUUUAUUUUCAUGGCGUAUAACUGAGUCAACAGCUUCGAAACCGGUUGCAGUUGAGGACAAUGGGAACAUGUUUGAUGACGUGAUUACGCAACUGCCAUCACCAACGUAUGCAAAAGUUGCCAGAAAGAUACUACCGACAGUGCCAAAAUCAGCAAAUAAAACUUCUUGUUCUACUUUGUCAUAUUUUGCUUCAUCGCCACCAAACAAGGAGAAACUCAUUGAUAGAUUGGAACAAGCAGCAAAUGGACAGAAACCAAAAGUGCAAUUACCAAUAUCCUCGUCAUCAUUGUCUCCAACUGCUCAAUCACCAACUCCAAAAUUGACUGCUGCCACUUUAAAGAGAAUUGAGUCUCGUAACGGAAGGAGUGGCUCUAGUCCUUGUGCAUCACCAAAAUCCACAUUGUCUCCGGCACGUUCAAAAUCAUUGUCCCCAGUUAGACCACUGGCAAAUUCUCGUUCAUCAUCGCCAACACGGACAUGCACAUCGACAAAAAGCCAAGUGGUUAAUAAUGGUGGAUUAUCCAGAUUGAAUCAGCCAUUGACUACUUUACCAAAUUCACCACCAAAACGGCCAUUGUCACCUAGAGCCACCCUGGAACCAUUUGUUCGUAAUAUGCCAAAUUUACCAGCAUCGAAUCAAUCUGGGUCUACAAUGUCUGAGCUGAAAAGGGAUAAUGGUUUUCUGCACGAAGCAGUAUCAGCUGUGACACCUUCUUCGUUGAUGGAUAAAUGUAUGAAUCAAUUCAAUGAGUUAAUCGACCGAGUUGGAGAGUUGAGUAAACAAGAGAAGGUUACAUUACUAAAUAAAGUCAAUGAAGUGAGGUGUAAAUUGGAUGACAAAGCUGUUGUAUACAAUCAAGAUGAUCUUUUGAACAGGUAUAGUGAUAAAUUGGUUGAAUUGGUGGAAGCUAAACUUUCUGGAUCGUCAAUCAGUGGUGUGAGCGAGUGA